UUCGUUAUGACAGUAAAAGUUUUAAUUCUUUUCGUUGCAUAAUUCUUACUUGUGAUUAUUUCGUAUCAAUACAGCCGGUAAUCGUUUACCGGUGUACCUAUUUAAUAUACCCCUCAUAAAGUAACUUUGCAUUUCUUUUAAUACUUUUUUAAAAAUGUUCUCACGACGUUUUGUGAAGGCGUCGGUAGGCGCUGCUCGGCAGAAGCACACUCUGCCAGAACUGCCUUAUGAAUACAGUGCUCUGGAGCCUGUGAUCAGCCGGGAAAUCAUGAGCCUGCACCACAGCAAGCAUCAUGCCACAUACAUUAAUAAUCUCAAUGCUGCUGAAGAGAAACUCGCUCAAGCACAGGCUAAAGGUGACAUCAACACAAUCAUCAGCCUCGCUCCCGGGCUUAGGUUCAAUGGUGGUGGACACAUCAACCACACCAUUUUCUGGCAGAACCUCUCCCCCAAUGGUGGAAAACCAUCUUCUGCACUCACUCAGGCUAUUGAGAAGGACUUUGGCUCCUGGGAUAACAUGAAGAACCAGCUGGCUGCUGCGUCUGUCGGUGUCCAGGGGUCUGGCUGGGGCUGGCUUGGUUACAACCAGCAAAUGAAAAAGCUGCAGAUUGCUACUUGUCAAAAUCAAGAUCCUUUGCAGGCAACCACAGGUCUCGUGCCCCUGUUCGGUAUCGACGUAUGGGAACACGCCUACUACUUGCAGUACAAAAACGUGAGGGCUGACUACGUAAAGGCAAUAUUCGAUGUUGCCAACUGGGGAGAUGUCUCGAAGAGAUACGAAAAUGCUUUGAAGUGAAAAUGUGAAAUCAAAUAGCAGGCCAACAUCUCAAUUUUAUUUGGUUCCGGCUAUACCCAUCUGUCUAGAUGUAAAGCUUUAAAUUAUGUUAUUCACAUGGUGAACACCCGCAA